AUGUAUCGUUUCCGAUCACAGCUCUUCACGGGGAUUUCUGCUGCUGCCACCGCCCACUCUUACCCUCGCCACUUCUUGCCUCUGUUAGCCGAAGACUCGCCUCUCAGCCACCCGUCGCACAGACGCUCUAGUAAAAAGUGCAGCUCUAUUGGCUGAUCCUCGCUAAGCUCCGAGUUCAGGCGGCACCGGGCGUCCCACGAUGCCGAAGAAUAAGAAGAGGAACGCUCC